AUGGGUUUCAGCAGAGCAACAUUGGGCUUUACGGGCCUGUUUUUCAUGGCAGGAGCGAUUUUGCUGAUCUUCCUCACUCUGUUGGGAGGUGUACGCAACAGCAACCCGCUGAACCAAAUCUACUUCCUCGAGGCAGACACGGGAAAUAUCCCAGGCGCAGCAUCGACCUCGCGAUGGACAUUCUGGAACCUCUGUGGAGUGACCAACGGCAGGAGUGACUGCGGAGAGACCCAUGUGGAUUUCCCAUUCGACCCCCCAAGCCAUCGUAACUUUAACACGACCGAAAAUAUCCCUCAUCAGUUUGUCGGAUCGAAGCACUACUUCUUGAUGUCGCGCUUCAUGUUCCCCUUCAUCAUCAUCGGUCUGUUCUUCGCCGUGUGCUCUUUCUUCACUGGCAUGCUGGCCAUGUGCACCCGCAUCGCCAGCUACCUCUCCGGUUUCCUGGCCUGGAUCGGUUUGACUUUCCAGGUCAUCACGACCUGUCUCAUGACUGCUGUCUUUGUCCAGGGCCGCCACGCGUUCAAGAGUAACGGCCAGGACGCACACCUGGGUGUCAAGGCAUUCGCCUUCAUGUGGACCGCAUCCGUUUGCCAGUUCCUUUCAUGCUUGAUGUACUGCCUCGGUGGUGCCGUCGGCCGAAAAGAUACCAGCGGUGGAUACAGUGGACGCAAGGAGCGCCGCCGUGGUUUCUUCUCCUCGCAGCGCUCAAACAGCGUGAAAAGCCAGAAGAAGGAGGGCACGAGCUUCGCUUAA